AAACACAUUCAGAAAUAUAUUCGUUAGCAAAAGAAUUUAACCAACUCAAAACAUCCUAUCAAACAAGUAAUGAUUAUAAAUUAGAAUUUAAAAAAAAAUUAGAGACAGAAGAAUCACCUUCUGAAAAUGUGGAACUUAGCAAUAUACAAGAUAAUAAAAAGAUAAAAGAUAAUGAAGAAAUUCAACAAUUCGAUAAUCAAAUCAUUACACCAUUACAAAUCAAAACUUUUCAAAGAAUAUUUGCUCAACAUCCUAUUAAAGAAAAUAAUGAAGAGCCCGAAGUUAAUGAACCAUUAACGACUCUUCUAGAUCAGCAGGAGAAG